UCCCGAAUCAGUCCAGAUGAUGUGUGAGGAGUGAGAAAGCAGCAAAUUGGGUUGAUGUUCAGUAUGAAAGGUGAUUAAAAUGAUUCAUGGUGUUUGAAUGAAUUCAAAUAAUAUUAAAGUAAUUCUUUGCGGUGUUCUUAUACCAACAAUAGUCCUGCUUUGUAUGUUAUGCAUCAUAGUUACCAGACACAGGUACAAGAAAUCCAAAUCAAAUGUGAUAUCUGAAGAAAUGACCGACAAGAGUACCACAAGGACCUGUUUACCAGAGGAGAUAGAAUCACAACCAAACAAUACUUUGAAACAGCAAGUAGCAAAGAUAUUGCCCCCAAAUAAUGCACAUUCAAUUAGAAAUGAUCCUUGCAUGAUGGAAAGGGAAUUGCAUUCCACUGAUGUAUAUUCAAUUGCAAAAGGUUUAUGUAUGGUUGAUGAUAAUGUUGAAGAAUAUAUGUAUAUGGCUAAAAAGGAUAUAUAUUCAAAUGUAAAUGAUAAAUAUGAAAAUGGCUCAGAUACUGUUCACAGUGAUUUACGUUUCACUGAGAAUGAAGGAUAUUAUGUAAAUUCAGCUGAAAAUGAUUUAUGCUCUGGUAAAAAUGGCAUGUAUAUUGAUAUGGAAUCUUGCCAUAAGUGAUUAAGAUAACUUACUUGAAAGUGUUUUCUUCUAAAAAUUCAAUCUAAUUAUAUCUAAAGAAAACAGAUACAUAAAACAACCCUCAGUGUCAACACUUCAAAAACCUAAUAGAAUAUUUGAAAUAUGUUUUCACUGAAAUAAUUAAACAAAUACCAGCCCCUGCCACACAAUUUAUAUACACUCCUAUAAAUAAACAAGUAUUUAUAAUCAUAACUGUUAUAAUAGUUUAUAUAAAACAUUGGUUUGGCAAACUGUAGUUUCCUUUGAAAUUUGUGGUGUGAGACCAAAUGUAGCACUUUGUACUGCAUUGAUGUUUCUUUUGUCUCUCUUCCUUCUCUUUUUCUUUCUUUCUCUCUUCCUUUUAUCUUUUUUUUAUCCUGAUUUUAUUCUUUUACUUGUCUUUCUUUUGUAAUACGUUAUAUUAAGGAAAAAUAAGAAUAAGAGAUAUUUUUUCAUACAAUAAAUUUGGAAAUAAUAUUUUUAAGGCUCAAUUCCAUUAAACUAUUAAAUUUUAAUAUCUUCGAUUA